UCAACUGUGGCAUUCACCGUUUGCUGUUCUAUGCAUCAAUGACAAUAAAGGUUGUGCACUACUAAUUCCAAGUUCUCUUUUUUUCUUAUUUGAGUAUGAGUACACACAUCACGUCGGUGAAUUGUCUUCGUGCCUCUUAUUUGUCAUUACAGAGGUUGACCAUCAAAGAAAAUUGUAACCAAUCAAAUUAGGAAAUGUUAAUGAUUGACGGUGUCAAAUGUUAAUUAUGAGUCAUCGAACACUUUAAUCAUCCUACACUAUUCGGAUUGGCAGUAAUGCUGGGAUUUUCGGGUUUCUUCUAUCUUACCGAAGGAAAACUCGUUGUUGUAGGGUAAAUCUUCGUUCCUAGUUUUCUAGUCGAAAAAUUGAAACUUUUGCCGACUAGAAGUGCUUGAUUUGGAUUCGCCCACAGGCCACAGCAUUUUAUAUACAAGUUUUUGUUUCUUCCCCGAUCUCAGAAAAGUAAAUUUUCCAUUUCGUGGCCGAUUUGGAGCUACUCUUGCUGAUGUAUCCACUUACUUUAGUCUUUGAAGAAGAUAAGCCGUGUUGGACUGUAUAGGCCUUGAUAGAUCUUCCACUUUGACUUGCCUACUGCUGGCCUUUGUUUUCUUGCGGUUUCAUGAAUGGCAGUGGGUGGAGCGGUAGGUGAGCUGUCUUCCCUGUUCCCGUAUUUCACGACGCCAGCAAGAACUUCCCUUCCCUUCCCUUAUCUCCAUUUUGCUAGACACACUGUGCAGAAUCAGCUCAGCAAGCAUGGAAAUGGUGGCUUCCGUUUUUCAAUCACUGAUGGAUUGAGUCCGAAAUCCUCUCUCAAACAGUGAUUUCUGGAAACCAAAAUGGGGGCAAAUUGUUGCGCUGCUGCCAAGAACACUUCCUUGCAAGGCACGAACCUAAAUCAAUCGCCGCCUUGGAGCUUUCGGUGGGAUAAUAGAACACACGUAGAAGAUCUCGCAGCAAACCAUUCUCAGCAUUCUCAUAGAAGGAAAGGAAACAGUGACAGUAAACUUGCAGCAGCUGCUGAAACCGAUGGGCUUUCUGAUAAAGGUAGUAGUAGUAGUCCAUGUCCAUCAACAGCAUCUCAGACACAACAAUUGCACAGGUCGCCGAUAAAUAUCAGAGUUUCUUGGAAAUAUAGAGACGAUGUUGGCGAGGUCACUUCAUCUGAUCGGAAAGAGACACGGUCAUUUGGCAAUGAUAAGAAAACCUCAAUCAGCAGCAGAAUGAGACAGUCAAUCCCUGCCUCCCCUGACCGUCAGGAAUGCAAAAUUUGCAAUGAUCUCGUAACGAAGAAAUCGUCAUGGAGUUUCCAGAGAGAAGCUCCGGCCAAAGGCCCCUGUGUGGUUGCGGUUCUGUUCUGUGGGCAUGUGUACCAUGCUGAAUGUUUGGAGAAACUCACGCCCGAAACAGAUGCGUACGACCCACCCUGCCCUGUCUGCAUUCAUGGGAAACAUUUCAACUCCAGACUAGUUGGAAAUGCUAAAUCAGGAGCAAGCGGCAAGAUAUCCAGGAUAGUUGUGGUGGACAACAAUGGCGUGGAUGGAGAUAUGAUAUCGGAGUAUCAGCGGAGUGCUGGUAAAGUGAGAAGAAUAGGCAUGAACUCAAGCAAGAAGAAGAUGGCCUUCCGCAAGCACUUUAUGGGACACCUCUCGUUAAAGCGUAAGUUUCAGAAUGUGAAUCCACCAGGAAAAGAGACUUCUGAUUGAUAUACCAAAGGAAGAAUUGAUUGCGAUGCCUGAUCGGAGACAAUUAUACUUCUAUCUGACAGCUGUAGUUCCUCUGCCAUCCUUGCAGAAGUAUAAUCGUAUCUUGUUUAAGAGUUUGUAGAGUAGAUGCGUGGUCGUUGGGGUUUCUUUAAGCCCUUCUUUUUUGUCCCCUUCUUGUUGCAAAAUUGGCCGAUGUGUGUAGUUUCAAGGCAAAAGAAGUGUAUACAUUGUUGAGGUUUCGACAAUCAGAAUCAUAAAUUGUAAUCGUUUGCUUGCGGCC